AUGGGGAAAGUAUUCGAUGCUACGGAAGUGGCCCAGCACAACAAUAACAAAAGUUGUUGGAUUGUACUCUAUGGCAAGGUCUACGAUGUGACCGACUUUGUUUCUAGUCACCCUGGAGGUGCAAAUGUCAUCCUCAGGCUAGCAGGCAAGGAUGCGACAGAAGAAUUUGAUCCAGUGCACCCACCUGGCACUUUGGAAGAGAGCCUCAAGUCCGAAGCACUUCUUGGUGAUAUUGAUCCUGCAACUCUACCAAAAGCAGCACCUGAAUCAUAUUCACCGACUCCUGGUGAUCUUCCUCCAGUCGAAGCGCUUCUCAACAUGGACGAAAUUGAACAACUUGCAACAGCGAAGAUCAGCAAGAAGGCUUGGGCGUACUAUUACUCUGCCGCCGAUGACAAAAUUUCCAAACGCUGGAACACCGAGGCAUUCCGUUCCAUUCUUUUGCGUCCUAGAGUCUUUAUCGACUGUAAAGAAUGCAGUCUCGAGACAAAGCUACUGGAAAACCAGGUCAAGUUGCCUAUUUACGUUUCCCCAGCAGCACAGGCCCGUCUAGGACACCCAACAGGCGAGGCAGGAAUUGCUGAAGCAUGUCGCAGCUAUGGUGCUUUACAAAUAAUCUCGAACAGUGCUUCAAUGACACCAGAACAAAUUGUCGAGAAUGCAUCCCCCGAGCAGGUCUUUGGUUGGCAAAUAUAUGUCAAGCAAGAUCGAACCAUGAGCGAAAAUAUGAUCGCGCGUGUCAAUAAAUUGAGUGCGAUUAAAUUCAUUGUUCUGACACUGGAUACCCCCGUGAUGGGCAAAAGAGAAGAUGACCAGCGUGGGGGUAAUGUGAUCCAGGGACUCACAGAUGAGAAUUACGGGGCAACUACUCCACAAUCCGAUGAACAGGGAUUCUUUGGACUUGAUCCUACACUUACUUGGAAAGAGACGCUUGCCUGGCUAGCAAAACAUACUAGUCUGCCCGUGAUUCUAAAGGGAAUCCAGACUCAUGAAGAUGCAUACAUCGCUUCAUUGUACACGCCUCAAGUGAAGGCAGUCAUUUUGUCAAAUCAUGGUGGAAGGUCUCUUGAUACAUCCCCACCGGUCGUGCAUACACUACUUGAGAUCAGAAAAUAUUGCCCCGAAGUCUUUGAUAAGAUUGAGGUGUGGGUCGAUGGUGGAAUCAGACGAGGAACAGACGUCGUCAAGGCUAUCUGUUUGGGUGCAAAGGGUGUUGGUAUCGGAAGACCGCCUUUGUUCGGGCUAUCUGCAGGUGGUGUGCCUGGUGUUAAGAGGGUUUUACAAAUCUUGGCUGAUGAGACCAAAACUUGUAUGCGACUCCUUGGUGUCCAAAACGUCGAUCAACUUGGAAUGCAGCAUAUCAAUACCCGAGCACUGGAACAACAAAUAUUCCAUGGGCCUUCUGGCCUGGAAGCUUGCAGGGCGGCCCACUUGUCGAAACUUUAG